GUGAAUCUAGUUAUAAUAGACAAAACGCGCGGCGUCUACUCUUUCUUGUAACUCUUGUUCGAGGGAUUGGUGUUUAACUUGCUGUUAAAAUCAUUAACAAUGUCCGCAAAACCUACUUUGGGUUAUUGGAACAUUCGGGGGUUGGCUCAGCCAAUCCGACUGCUGCUAGCCUAUAAUGAAACGGAGUUUGAAGACAAAAGAUACAACUAUGGUCCCCCACCUGAUUUUGACCGAAGCUCUUGGUUGAAUGAAAAACAUUCCUUGGGAUUAGACUUUCCCAAUCUACCAUAUUAUAUUGAUGGAGACACCAAAAUCAGCCAAAGUGGGGCUAUCUUGCGUCAUCUGGCAAGGAAGCAUAAAAUGAAUGGUGAAAAUGAACAGGAAAAAGUCAGGAUUGAUAUGGCGGAACAACAGCUGGUAGACUUGAGAAUGGGUUUUGUUAGAUUUGCCUACAAUCCUGAUUUUGAAAACUUGAAGGAUGGUUACUUGAAAGAUCUGCCUAACCAGCUGAAAUUGUUCUCUGAUUUUCUUGGGAAGAACAAGUGGUUUGCUGGGGAUAAGUUGUCAUAUGUGGACUUCAUCAUCUAUGAAAUGCUGGAUCAGCAUAGAAUCUUGGCUCCAGACUGUUACAAAGACUCUCCAAAUCUCAAAGAAUUUCUUGACAGAUUUGAGGGUCUACCCACAAUCCAGUCGUACAUGAAGUCUGACAAGUACAUAAAGUGGCCACUGAAUGGCGACAUGGCAAAGUUUGGAAGUAGACUUCAGUCUCCUCCACAGUGAAUACAUUAUCAGCUGGCUCUGAGAAAGCAAAACCUGGUGAAUUAUACUGAUGGUUACUUAACAAGCAAUAUGUUGACUUGAUUUUACGCUAAUUUCAUUUUAUAAUAUCAUUUUCUGAAAUAAUAAAUCUUGAUUGUGUAUUUUUGAUAGAUUCGUUUAUAAUAAAUCUUACCAGCUGA